AUGCGGCUAUUCAUCAUCCUCGCGCUCUGCGCUAGCUCGGUUUUCAGCGAGCUCGUGAUAAGAAAUGAAAAAACUCUUGUCAACGACGAGACGUACAAAAAGCUUGUGUACUAUGCUAGCUUUCCAAUCUUUACAGGUGCUAUCGGGAAUGGCACUGCCUGUUCUCAUCCUGAAAAUGGCGCUGAGCUGGUCCAAUACUUUAGCAUCAACUCAACAGACACCCAAGCUGCAUUAUGGAAGAGCACCAGCACAAAAGAACUCAUUCUCAGCAUCCCAGGCACAUCUGGCCUCCAAGACAUCUUUACUGAUCUCGAGCUUUCCCUGGUAGCAUAUGAGUCGCCUCGUGUGAAUUGCACUGGCGACUGCAAAGUUCAUCAGGGCCUUUUGAAUGCGUGGAACUCGCUAGAGCCUGCUGCCACCAAAGCAAUCAGUGACUCUCUACGUGCCAAUCCUGGCUACAACACAAUCCUCAGUGGCCACUCCCUCGGCGCCGGAAUCGCAGGUGUUGCGUUCGCCUCGCUGAAAAACGGUCCCUAUCGCCUCACCGAAGCGUACACGUAUGGACAACCAAGAACCGGAAACCAAGAAUUUGCGGACUACGUUGACAGGAUAUCCGGAGCCUCGGACGCCGCACCGGGCUGUCUGUAUCGGGUCACGCAUUUCAACGAUGGCAUUCCGCAGCUCCCGCCUACACUACUGGGCUACCGGCACUCUCGCACUGAGUAUUGGGAAUCUGCAACUGUGGCUAACGAAUCGUCGACGUAUCAGUGCGAUGGUCAAGAGCCAUCUGAUUGUAACAACUCGGUUUUUGGCUUGGGCAGUAAUGCCGCCCAUACAAGCUAUGCAGGCUUCAACGUGGCUUGUGCGUGA